ACCAUGUCCAAAAAAAAACUGGCUACUUUUGUGAAAUGUAUUUUCGUAAAGAUUUCACGUUUAAAAAACUACCUUACGUUACACAAUUAAAAAUUACAGAUACGAACUUAGGACAAAUGUAUGGAAAUCGUUCGAUUGUAGUCACCAUAGAAAUCAAAUUAUGUGAUAUGAAAAAUCAACGUCCUAGUGAAUUAUUUGAGCACACAACAAAAGCAACGCAUGGUGAAAUGUAUCCAUUCAUUGAAACAAAAAUUUUACGUACAGCAGCCCCAUUCGCACGUGUGGCACAGCCCAGUCAUACAAUACAAAAUAUAAAUUUAUAUAAAUUUCGAAUCAAAAAUGAUUCAAGCUGGGUUUUAAGUAAAAGCAGAACUCCUGCAUUUAAUAUUACGUCCAGGCAUGGCAUAGUUUACGUACAAAAUAAUAAUAUUUUAAAGAAGCCAUCAUUGUCAAAUGUUGAUUUAAUCAUUGAAUGGUCAUUUAAAAACGAUUCCAAAAAUCAUGCAGCACGUGGAACUGAUUUAUUACGAAUUACAAUUGUGGAUGAAUUAAACAUAUCCUGUGCGGAUUUGGAUAACGAUGUCUCCAAGUGGGUAAUGUGCGCACAAUUUGAUACCAUUAAAAAAUGCCACGACGCAUGCGGAGUAGCAACUGGCGGAUACAACACUCUGAGACAUAUUGAUAAAAUCGCCCAUCGUGGAACUCGUUGUACCUGGCGUGGGAAUGGCACACAAUCAAAAGGGUACCAAACCGAAGAUUACCAAACAUGUACUCCAGAUAUAACAACAUGUCCCGAUUCCAUUUGUGAUGACUUAGAACAGCUACAUUAUGGUAUCUGCCCUCAAGAUUGUACGAAGGAAGUUAUGUUUGGUGAUCUUAACGCCAAUAAGCAAGGAAUUCAAUUAGGAAUUGGGGUAUGUACUUGUGAUGAAACAACAAAAUGUGUUUGUGUAAAUCCUGUAGCGACGAAUGGUAAGCACAAGAAAGUGAAAGAUGUUGGCCUCCAAACUGAUUUAAAUGACGAAGCCAGAAAAGAAUUUUUAGAUUUGAAUAUUCAUAAAGCUCAAUCUACGCAUAAAUGUGGACCAUUAUGUUUGGCUGGCAUUGGUUUGGGUGUGACUUUAAUAACAAUAGUAGUCGGAAUUCUAGUUUGUCGACUUCGAGCUUGGCGAAAUAUGGGUAUCCGUGAACAUAAAUACAUCAGUAGUGUUACAGCAUUAUCUCAUGGUUAUAGUAGCAAUGGCGGGGAUUACGUUCAUCAAACAACAUCCACCACGAAUAACACAUCUCUAACUCCUGGAUCCAUGCCUGGAAAUGGUCUAGAAUUUAAUUUUACAAUGAAUGUUUCAAUAAGUAAAAAAUAUACACCGGAUCCAAAAUGGGAGUUUCCACGCCAAAAUUUACAAAUUGAACAAAUUUUGGGGGAAGGUGAAUUUGGACGAGUGUUGAAAGCUCGUGCCAAAGAAAUUGCUGGAGGUAUAGGAUACACCACAGUGGCGGUAAAAACUCUUAAAGAAAAUGCCCAAGGAAGUGAAUUAGAUGAUUUAAUCUCUGAGUACGAGCUGUUAAAAGAGGUUUCACAUCCAAAUGUAAUUCGAUUAUUGGGUGUGUCAAUGUUACCCGGAGGUCCUGCAUACUUAAUAAUUGAAUACGCAGAAUUCGGAUCGUUACGAAAUUAUUUACGGAAGAGUCGUCAUUUAGAGGUUGAAAACAUUAACCUAAAAUGUCACGAAUACAAUUUAGUCCCUUCUCAACCGUCUGCCGAAGAAGAAGUAUUUACAGUGACUGCUAAAGAUAUUUUAUCCUUCGCCUGGCAAAUCAGUAAAGGUAUGGCAUAUUUGGGUGAUAAAAAAUUAGUACACCGUGAUUUAGCAGCACGAAAUGUUCUCGUUGCAACUGGAAAAAUUUGUAAAAUAUCUGAUUUUGGUCUGACACGUGACGUUUAUGAGGAUAAUGCGUAUCUAAAACGUAGCAAAGGUAGAGUACCAAUCAAGUGGAUGGCACCCGAAUCAUUAGCUGAUCAUGUAUACACAAAUCGAUCAGAUGUUUGGAGUUUUGGAAUAUUGUUAUGGGAAUUAGUUACAUUAGGUGGUUCACCAUACCCUGGAGUAGCCGUGGAAAAUUUAUUUACAUUGUUACGGUCUGGAUAUCGAAUGGAGAAACCCCCAAAUUGUUCCCUACAAUUAUAUACAGUGAUGCAAAAAUGUUGGGAAAUUGAUCCAGUAGAACGGCCCUCUUUUCGAUCUUUAACCGAGAAAUUUGAAACAAUGUUAGAAGAUGGCGUUGAGUACUUGAACUUAAAUUUGCAUACUGUACAAAAUAAGGCGUAUUUUUCUACUUUAAGUGAUACAUCGAAUCCAACAUCAGGUGAAUCCAAACAAUUAAACAUUCCGAAAUAUGGCAACGAUUGUAUUUCACCAAAAUCGAAGGAUCCUUUUAUAGUGAAUUUAAAUGAAGCGAAAAGUAUAUUACCAAAAUGUGGUGAAGUUGAGAAGCUGCCAAUAUGGGCAGUAAGUCAAACUACAUCACCUACAAUUAAAAAUGCAAAUGAUUAUCAAAAUGAAAAUAAUCAAAUUGGAAUGAGUCAUUAUGAAAUUCCAAAAAAUCCAAAUAAUAAUAAUAACAAUCGAUUACCUUUAACGAAUUUAGUAUCAACCAAUGAUAAUAAAAUACAUUUAUCUUAUAUUGAUAUGAACGCCACAGUGACCAAUCAAAAUGUCGAAGAAAAACCAUUGCUACGAACACAAAGCUAUGAUAAUUUACCAUCACAACAAAAAAUUACCCAAGUUUAAAAUUUUUAUCGUUAUUUUUAGAUAAAAUUCAGUUCCUUAAAAUUUUAUGUUUGUUUUUUAAAGUUAGGCAAAUUUUAUUACAAGACUGUGUAGUCAAAACGUAAGUGUCUAUAAGAAGGCCAUGAAGCUGUUUUGUUUUAUAUUCAAGAAGCUAAAAUGUUUUCGAUGCGUGAUUUAACCGAUUGUAUGCUAAAUAUAAGUGGUUUACUCCCUAAUAAUC